ACGGAACCAACUACAGCAGCCCUCGCAAUGGCAACGCCGACAACAGCAUUCUCCUAUUUUGAUGACCGGCUCUCCCACGUUUCGAGCCGACGAGCUUCACACCUUGCAGGAGAGCACAGCUUUUCAUAUUGAUGCCAAUAAGAUUCCAACGGAUAUUUGCUGCUCAUGCCUCCAAGGCGGACGAUUUUGCCUGAGUGGAACACAUUGGCUGCUAGAAUACGGCCCUAACAGCGACUUUUGGCUGGACGAACAUGGAAAACCACGGAAGAGCUCGCUGAUCCAAUAUACCGGUAAGAAGCAGGGCAAUCACAGCGUUGUCAUCAACAACGAGGGAGACCGGAUUUGUUGUGUUGAGGGCCUGGCGAUAGCUGCGCCGGAAAGCACCUCGCCCAAGGAGAGCUGGCUUUCGUUCUGGGGAAAGUCGUUAGGAUGGAUCUGGACACUGAAAAUCUUCGUUAUGGCCAGGCGUAACCGUGAGGGCCUUGCGGAGUACACGGCGCGCAGUUACUAUCAGGCUGGAAGGCAUUGACAGAGCAUCAAAUCGCUUCAACCACAGGUUUAGCAAUCAACGGUAAAUUACAGACUUAACCUUCGCAAAGCAGCAUGGUCGACAACGGGAACCCAGAAAACUAGGUCAACCGCCCGGUCCACAACAUAGCU